UGGAGUUAAUGGUUGUGAGAAGUCAACUAGUCCACUUUAUACAAGAGCGCGUAAAAGUGAAGCUGGGGCGAAUAAGUUGCUUAUACAAAACUGUUAUAAAUUGGCUUCUUUGUAGUGCCACAGGACAUUGAUUCAGCUUUUAUUUCCUCUUGAUAAACGUGGUGACUCGGAUGCAUCCUGUGCGCGCUGGUGCAGACGGUGAGCUCUUGGCCGUUGUGCGCUCCGACAUCCCGAACGCGCAGGAGAAAGAGGUUGCAUGGUGACCAUGAGUUAGAUUAUCGACUUUCACCCUUUUAAGAUAGACAUAAAGCACGUUGACGCAUUGUUGCCUGAGGACAGAGGGUGAUAUGGAACUUUAAACCUCACAUCCACAGGGACGCAAGUAGUGUCCGGGAUAACGGUACGCGUGUGCGGUGAACUUUAAGGGCGCUCGAAUGAUGCCGUCCUGUCCUGGGUCGAGGAGAGACCGGGGUUUGACAUCUGUGUGCAGGAUACUGCGGUUUGUCCUUUAAGUUUGAGAGCUCAGCUGGAGCGAUGGCUUCGGAGGUUGUAUGUGGAUUGAUCUUCAGAGUGCUACUGCCAGUGUGUCUGGCGGCAGCAUGUCUGUUCAGGUACAAUGGGCUCUCCUUUAUCUACCUCCUCUACCUCCUCCUCAUCCCUCUUUUCCCAGAACCCUCCAAUAUCACCAUGCAAGGCCACACAGGGCACCUGCUGAAGUCUUUAUGUUUCUGCAGUAUGAGCUUCCUCCUGAUCCACAUCAUCUAUCAGAUCACCAUCCACAGUCUACUGGCUGGAGGGUCUAUUGAGAAUCCAGGAUUCAACUGUUCAAUGUGGGAGAAGUCAAUACGACAGAUUGGUUUCGAGAGUGUUAUUGGUGCAGACGCGGGCAAUGGUAUCCGAGUUUUCUUCCCGGAUAUCGGCAUGUUCAUGGCGAGUCUGUCGGUUUGGCUGCUGUGCAGAAGUCUGGUGCAAAAACGGCCAACCGAGGAGAUGGCACAGGACAACCAUGAGUUUGAGCCAGAGGAACAGGAGGAGAGUGACGAGAAAGUGGAAAUUGACGACAAUGAUGAUGAAAUGCUCUUUGAUGAAGACUUUGAUGCAGAAGAUGAAGCAGAGGAGGAUGAGAGGGAGGAGGAAGACCUGGAGGAGGAAGAGGAAGAAGUGGAGGAGAGCACAAAGAUGAAGAUCCUGCGCAGAGUUGCAGGAGUGGCAAAUAAACUAAAGGAGAUCAUCGGCAACCUCAUCACAACCGCUGGACAGGUGGUGGUCACCAUUCUGCUUGGUUUGACAGGUAUGAUGCUCCCUUCUCUGACGUCAGCCGUCUACUUUUUUGUGUUUUUGGGUCUGUGUACGUGGUGGUCAUUCUGCAAGACCUUUGACAUGCUCCUCUUCAGCUGUUUGUGUGUUCUCAUGGCUAUCUUCAGUGCUGGACAUCUAAUCGUACUUUAUACUAACCAGUUCCAGUUCCUCCAGGACGCCAUCAAACCCAACGACAGCUACGUCAGUUUGUUUGGUAUAUCAUCAAUUGUUCGGACGGACUGUUCUUCUACCUGGAAGCUCACUGUUAAUCCUGGUCUAAAUUGGCAUCAUUUUGUCAACCCCAUUAUGCUUUUGGUCCUUUACUACACACUGGCAACCUUGAUCCGUCUGUGGCUGCAAGACCCCACGAUUAUGGAGGAGAAUGAGGAAGAGGAGGAGGAGAAUGAAGGAAAUGAGACAGUUGCAGACAUUGUUGGUCUAACAUCAGACAUCAGGAAGCGUCUGCUCUGGUGGAAAGCCCAUCAAAAAACAGAGGAACGAAAUCUCAUCUCCACUCAGGACGGAUACAGUACCUCUGAGGUAGUGGUGGUUAACUCCAACGGGACAUCAUUGGACUAUGUGUCUGCCGUGCCCAAUGAAAACGGACCUGCCGGUCUGGACAUUUACUCGACUCCACAGUACAAAGUUGAUCAACCAACAGAAGCUGAGGAAAAGACGGAUGUGAGCACACGUGAAGUCAUGGACACACAGCUGGAGGAGGAGGAAGAGGAGAAGACAGAUGAGGAAGAGCAGGGCGGACCCCCGAGUGCUCUCGUAAAAGUCUUCAAAUUCAUCAUGAAGCAGAGCUACAUCUGUGCUCUCAUCGCUAUGAUGGCGUGGAGUAUAACGUACGUUAGCUGGCUUACGUUUGUGUUCCUCCUCUGGUCGUGUACUCUGUGGAUGGUGCGAGACAGGAGGAAAUAUGCCAUGCUGACGUCCCCCUUCAUGGUGGCUUAUGGAAACUUCCUGCUGGUGCUUCAAUAUAUCUGGAGUUUUGAGCACUUAAGUCCGGUGCCUGGAUUCUUUCUGAAGAUGAAGGUGCCUUUCACUGAACUGAGCCCCAAGAUUCUGUGUCAGUUGAGUUUCUGGCUGCUGCUCAGACAAACUCUGAUGGAGCGACGAGAGAAGAUGAAGGAGGAACCCGCGCUUUGUGACGUCAAAGUGGAGGAGCUGAGAAAGGAGGAAGAAAAGGAGGAAGAGGAGGGGGACGAGAAUGACCUGAUGCAGGUGAUGGGGAAACUGGUGAUGGCUCUACUGGUCAAAUACUGGAUCUAUAUCUGCGGAGGAAUGUUCUUCUUCGUCAGCUUCGAGGGAACCAUGGUCAUGUACAAGAUCGUCUACAUGAUGAUGUUUCUCUUCUGCGUGGCUCUCUACCAGGUUCAUUAUGAGUGGUGGCGCCGGAUCCUGAAGUAUUUCUGGAUGUCUGUGGUGGUCUACACUAUGCUAGUGCUUAUCCUUAUCUACACCUGUCAGUUUGAGAACGCCAUUGAUACGUGGACUAGCAUGACGGGCAUGUCAGCCGGAGUACUGAAGGAUAUCGGUCUGGAGAAGUACAACCUGUCUGAUCUGUUCACUCGUAUCUUUAUCCCCACGUCAUUUCUGCUGGUGUGUAUCCUGCAUCUGCAUUACUUCCACGACCGCUUCCUGCAGCUCACCGAUCUCAAAGCUGUGGUCAGUAAACAGGAGAGCACCAUAUACAGACUGGCCCAUCCAGACGGGAGUUUGGCAGAUCUGACGAUGGCGAGCACAUCUCCAGAACCCCUGCUGAAGGAAGAGAAGGGGAAGGAGUCUGUGAAUGAGGUGUUGGUGGAGGACUGUGUGCAUGAUGAGGUGAAGAAAGAGUCUUUCUCCAUCCAUUCAGCUCAUCUGUCCAGUCAGGAAGACAUCCAACAGUUCAGUGCAGCCACAGAUCCUGAACUGCCCUCAGAACAGAGCUCAGACCUGAAGAAUAAAUGGCAGCUGGUGGUGGACAGACUCACAGUGUUGUUCCUAAAGUUCCUGGAGUACUUCCAUAAACUCAAGCUCUUCAUCUGGUGGCUGUUAGAGAUGCACAUCAUCAAGAUCGUCCCCACUUACAUCAUCCUGCUGUCUGUCAAAGAGGUUUCGCUGUUGAACUAUGUAUUUUUGAUCUCAUGGGCAUUUGCCCUGCCCUAUAAGCAGUUUCGAGUUCUCGCCUCUAGUGUCUGCACAGUAUGGACGUGUGUUAUCAUCAUCUGCAAGAUGUUUUACCAGCUGGAAUCCAUCGAACCCAAAAACUACUCAAGCGUUUGUAUCAUGCCCAACAACACGAAGAAGACGAUGAACAUUUCCCUAUUAUACAAGGAGCCUGUGGACCCUGCAAACUGGGUCGGCCUUGAGAAAUUUGAAGACAUACUGCCCAACCUGAGGAAUAACUUGUUGAUGUUGGCCAUCUUGGCGUUCGAGGUCACCAUUUACAGACAUCAGGAGUUUUUCCGGCUGAGAAACAAACUUUGCCCUCCCCCAUCUCAGACCAUCUUUCAUGACAUCACCCGGCAACACCUUGACAACGGAAUCGUCAAUUGUGCCAAAUAUUUCAUAAACUAUUUCUUCUACAAGUUUGGCCUAGAGGUGUGUUUUCUGUUGGCGAUAAACGUGAUGGGCCAGCGGAUGGAUUUUUACUCCAUGUUGCAUGGGAUUGCUCUCGCUGCAGUGAUGUUGAGACGAAGAAGGAAAGCCAUUGCUGAGAUCUGGCCCAAAUAUUGCUGCUUUCUGGCCUCAAUGAUCACAUUCCAGUAUUUCAUUUGCAUCGGAAUUCCACCUGCUGCCUGUAAAGAUUAUCCCUGGAGGCAUCCUGACUCCAUGAUGGAAUCUAAUGUCAUUAAAUGGCUGUUCCUUCCUGAUUUCCACACUAGACCAAACUCCAUGUUCCUUGUCUAUGAUUUCAUGUUAUUGCUGUGCGCGUCGCUGCAGAGGCAAGUGUUUGAUGAGGAAAAUAAAGCGGCUGUACGUCUGAUGGCAGGAGAUAACGUAGAAAUCUGCCGAGACCUCGAUGCUGCAUCGUUUAGCGUUCACAACCCCGUACCAGACUUCAUACACUGCAGGUCGUAUCUUGACAUGUUGAAGGUCAUCAUGUUCAGCUACUUGUUCUGGUUUGUCUUGACCAUCAUCUUCAUCACGGGCACCACCCGUAUCAGCAUCUUCUGCAUGGGUUACCUGGUGGCAUGUUUCUAUUUCCUGCUGUUUGGAGGUAGUCUGUUACUCAAGCCGAUCAAAGAGAUCCUGCGCUACUGGGAUUUCCUCAUCGCUUACAACGUCUUCGUCAUCACGAUGAAAAACGUCUUUGCUAUUCUGGCAUGUGGUUAUUUCAAGUCUUUGAUGAAGAAUAACUGCUGGCUAAUUCAGCUGCUGAAUCUUGCUUGCACUAUUAAAGGCUAUGACGUUAAACCAGAGGCGGGCACUUCAGCUCAAUGUGACCCUCUGCAGGAUAAGGCAGGAAUUAUUUGGGACAGCAUCUGUUUCACGUUCCUCCUGCUGCAGCGACGUGUCUUUAUGAGCUAUUACUUCCUCCAUGUGGUCGCAGACAUUCGCGCAGGACAGAUACUCGCGUCUCGAGGAGCGGAGCUGUUCCAGGCGAGUAUUGUGAAGGCCGUGAGAGCUCGUCUAGAGGAAGAAAAGAGAUCCAUGGAGCAACUUAAAAGACAGAUGGACCGUAUUAAGAUGCGCCAGCAGAAGUUCAAGAGAGGAAAGGAGAAGAUGCUCAGUUUGUCUCAGGAGUCGGGAGAAGGACAGAAACUCAGUCCACCUGACGGCGAGAACGAUGAUGAUGAUGAGAAAAAGAAAAAUAAGGCGCCAAAAAAGCAGUGGUGGAGGCCGUGGGUUGACCAUGCGUCCAUGGUUAGAAGUGGUGAUUAUUACCUGUUUGAAACUGACAGUGAAGAGGAAGAGGAAGAGGAGGAGAAAAAAGACGAAGAACCUCCUAAGAAAUCAGCCUUUCAGUUUGUGUAUCAUGCCUGGAUUACCAACUCUAAAACCGCCCUGAAAGAGAAAACCAAACGGACGCGCCGUUUUUGGAAGAGAUACAGCCGUGACCACAGACAUAGAAAAGACAAGAAAGAAGGUCAUGUGGAAAUAGAGAUCGGUGAAGAAGAUCGCCAGAGUUCAGAGGAAGACAAAACGAAUGGACCAGACAACAUCAUCAAGAGAGUUUUCAACAUCAUUAAGUUCACAUGGGUUCUGUUUCUGACUACCAUUGAGAGUGUGACCCGAUGGCUGAACUCCAUCUGCAGAGAAUACAUUGACAUCUCCACCGUUCUGAGAAUUGAACGCUGCAUGCUCACCAGAGAAGUCAAAAAGGGCAACGUGCCGUCCCGUGAGAGCAUUCAUGUGUACUAUCAGAAGCAAAUGAAACUGACGUCGUCUCGCGAGUCCGGUCUGGAUCGGAUCAGUGAAGAGGACUCUGGCUCACACAGAGAACGCCGUAGACGAGUCGGACACAGUAUGGACUCCUUCGCUUCCAGAGACAGCAUGUCCAGCGCAUACACGGAAGCCACCAUGCUGUUUUCCCGCCAGUCCACCUUGGAUGAUUUGGACGACAUGCCUCUGAAUAUUCCCAAAACCAGUGAACGUGCUCGGCCCAAACUGCGCAAAAUGUACGGCUUGGACAUGUCCAACUCCUCGGCGGACAGCGGAAGCAGCGCCAUCUCCAGUGAAGCCACACAAUGUGUCACGCUGUUCUCACGGCAAGGAACCGAUGACACGAUAGAUGAGGUUGAGGACAGGCAAGACCAAAUGAAUGUUGACAAACUGGAAGUGAAGGAGGAAGGGACAGAUUUGAAAUGCCAACCAAGUGAGGAUAAACCUGAAGAUGAAGUUAGAGAGGAAGUGACUCAGGAAGUAGCUGAGAAAACAACUGAGGAAGUGCCUCAGGAAGUAACUGAGGAAGUGACAGAGGAAGUGCCUCAGGACGUAACCGAGGAAGUGACAGAGGAAGUUCCCCAGGAAGUAACUGAGGAAGUGCCCCAGGAAGUAACUGAGGAAGUGACAAAGGAAGUGCCUCAGGAAGUAACUGAGAAAGUGACAGAGGAAGUGCCUCAGGAAGUGACUGAGGGAAGUGCUUGGGGUCCAGGAGAAGUAGAAGAAGCAGAUAAAGAUGUUUGGGUCUCUCAAUGUGAAUGUGAGGAAAAGCAGUUUGCUACUGAUGAUGAGAAGGGUGAACCUACUCUCCAACGGGAUGAUGGCGAGUCUUCUGGACCAGAGAAUGUGCAAAGAGAUCCGUCAAGCGGGCAACUUUUUACCCCAGAUACAGACUUCCCCAACACAUCAGACGCAGACGUGCCACCCAGCUACAGCAAGGCCGUGAGCUUUGACAGGCUGUCUGUGAGCUCAGACGAAAGUGACAGUGACAAACGGCUGAUGGUGAUGACCCCUGACAGCAGAUCUGACCUGGACGACUCUCUGCUACCCUCUAUGACCACCGAGCUUACCGCCAGCGAACUGCUACUUAACAAAAUGUUCUAUGAUGAGGAACUGGAGAAUUCCGAGCGUUUUUAUAAAUCCCAGCCAUUGGGUCUACAGCUCUGCUAUGCUCUCUAUAACCUGCUGGUGGCACACUCUGAAAUGGUCUGUUACCUGGUGAUCAUUCUGAAUCAUAUGAUCUCCGCAUCCAUGGCAACUCUUGUGUUGCCCAUCCUUAUCUUCCUGUGGGCGAUGCUGUCAGUCCCUCGACCCAGCAAACGGUUCUGGAUGACCGCCAUCGUCUACACAGAGGUCACUAUCGUCAUCAAGUACUUUUUCCAGUUCAGUUUUUUUCCAUUUAACCAGAAUUUGGAGGUGAGCAAGAAGAAACCGUAUCACCCACCCAACAUCAUCGGUGUGGAGAAGAAAGAUGGUUACGUGCACUAUGACUUGGUCCAGCUGCUGGCACUAUUCUUUCAUCGAUCAAUACUAAAAUGUCAUGGGCUUUGGGAUGAGGAUGACCCUAAACUGUCUCGGAAGGAGGCCUGUCUUCAUCGGGAUGAGUCUGAGGACGAGGGGAUGAUGACGGUAGUGAUUCCAGCUGAGGAAGAUAAGAAAAGUUCCCCAGCGUACUCGCUCAAAUCCAUGAGUCUUGGAAAGUCUGUGGAUUCGUCGCAGGUGCAUGUACACAUUCGCUACCCCGAGCAGCGACCUCACAUGCGACGACAGAGCACCAGCGGGGGGUCGCAUCUCUCCCGACGUUCAUCUGUGCACUCCAAACGAGGCAGUACAAGCAUGCAGAAUAGCAUUCGUAGAGAAGACAGCGAGCCGGAAGUACCGCAGAAGAGUCGUAAAGAAAUUAUCGUUGAGAAGAUUCGAGAACAAAUGAUCAAAGUGAAAGUUUACAUCCUCAAAAAGUUGGUUGAGAUCUAUAAGCCCAUUCAUCAGUUCUUCUUUAAUCUGAUCCACCCCGAGUACAGCGCAGUAACAGAUGUCUACGUCUUCAUGUUUUUGGCCGACACAGUUGAUUUCAUCAUCAUUGUCUUCGGCUUCUGGGCAUUUGGGAAACAUCAGGGAGGUGCUGACAUCACUUCAUCUCUGUCAGAAGAUCAAGUUCCUGGACCGUUCCUUGUCAUGGUUCUGAUCCAGUUUGGCACUAUGGUGGUGGAUCGAGCCCUGUAUCUCCGCAAGACAGUGAUGGGGAAAGUGGUUUUUCAGGUCAUCCUGGUGUUCGGAAUCCAUUUCUGGAUGUUUUUCAUCUUGCCGGGAAUCACAGAGAGGCGUUUCAGUCAGAACACUAUAGCUCAGUUGUGGUACUUUGUGAAGUGUAUUUACUUCAGCCUGUCAGCGUAUCAGAUUCGAUGUGGCUAUCCGACUCGCAUCCUGGGCAACUUCCUCACCAAGAGCUACAACUAUGCCAAUCUCUUCCUCUUUCAGGGCUUUCGUCUGAUCCCAUUCCUGACGGAAAUGCGAGCCGUGAUGGACUGGGUUUGGACAGACACAUCUCUCAGUCUGUCCAGCUGGAUCUGUGUAGAGGACAUCUACGCACACAUCUUCGUCCUCAAAUGCUGGAGAGAAUCUGAGAAGCGUUUCCCUCAGCCACGUGGGCAGAAGAAGAAGAAGGUUGUAAAGUAUGGAAUGGGUGGAAUGAUUGUGAUGCUUCUCAUCUGUAUCAUCUGGUUCCCUCUGCUCUUCAUGUCGCUCGUCAAAUCUGUAGCAGGAGUCGUUAACAUGCCACUGGACGUGUCCGUCACUCUUACCCUUGGCGGACUGCAGCCGAUCUUCACAAUGAGUGCUCAGCAGACCCAUUUAAAGAACAUCAGUAUCGAUAAGUUUGAGAAAUUCAAAAGUGGCUACAGCUCUAAUGCAGGUGCCAUGCUGUUCCUUGAAGCGUAUGUUCAUGAGGACUUAACAGUAGUAGAUCUGGAAGGAAGUUCUAACUCACUGUGGACCAUCAGCCCUCCCAGCAGGGCGAACCUCAUUGAGAUGCUCACAGGGACUAAGGAAUACUUUCCACUUACCAUUACCUGGUCCAUACAGAGGAAUCUCAGUUUAGGUGCCAAAGCUGAAACUGCCACAGGCAAACACAUCACCUACCUCGACAACGACACUAGACAAGCACUGGGGAAACUACUAAAUGACACUGUAAACAAGGAAGAUAAACCUCAAAAAGUGGUCAUCAAAAAUAUUUUUCCAAGAUACAUCAGAGCACCAAGCGAUUCCAACUCCAAGCCUAUUGACCAGCUUUACCCCAAUAAACAAUUAAUGGACAUCACGCUGUCUCUUAAGAAGUCAGAAGAAAAUAGUUCCAAGGGUGUUCAGGAGUGGUGGAUCGUGAAUCAGACAGAACCUGGACCGCUGAAUGCUGAAUUAGGCAAAACACAAAACGAUUCUGGUCUGGAGAUUUAUGUCUUUAGUGACCAAGUCAGUCCACCAAGUCUGGGAUUUCUAGCUGGAUACGGGAUCAUGGGUCUGUACAUGUCGGUGGUUCUGGUUAUUGGAAAGUUUGUGCGAGAGUUCUUCAGCGGAAUCUCGCAUACCAUCAUGUUCGAAGAGCUGCCAAACGUGGACCGCAUCCUCAAACUCUGCACCGACAUCUUCUUGGUCCGAGAGACGGGCGAACUGGACCUGGAGGAAGACCUGUACUCCAAGCUCAUCUUCCUCUACCGCUCUCCAGAAACCAUGAUUAAAUGGACCAGAGAGAAGAAUGAGUGAAGAUGAGGCUGGUCACCUUCGGAUUAACUCGGAAGUGCAACGAGCUCCAAGCUAAUCACAAAAAGCACAAAGCAGGAAUUUCUCCCAAUUUCCUUGCGGGUUUGUGAGUAUACAGUUGGACUGAACUGAAGAACCAUUGUUCUGAUAAAACACUGGCACUCACACUAUAGCACAUGACUGGACAACAGCGUUAUUGUUUUCACCUAGUGGACAUGGUCUCUGGAUUGUAAUCUCUAAUGUUUUUUUUUAAAGGGCUUACUCUUGAUAAGUGAUGAACUUUGGGGCUUUCAGGCAUGCGUCACUUUGAAUACAACCUUUGACCUUUGGGAUUGCAUGCAAUAUGGGGGCAGUCCUGAUGACCUCAUGACCCUCUGAAUCAUGGAGGAGAGAUUAAAAUCUUGCCGCGAUCAAGACAAGAUAUACCGAACCUACUUCAGACUCGUUGGUUUGAUUUUUUUAUGGUUGGUUUUUCUGAAUUUGGACGAAAAAAUGCAACGUCUGAGUUUUACAGAAAGCAAAACCAAGGCCCAACGGGGAGCUGUGAAUUACGUGACAGUCUAUAUGCCUUAUUUAAUUUGUACAAUCAACUAAAUGAUCAUUAUUCAUCACCUUUCUCAGGAAUACUAACGGAUCAUUUCAUCACAUGGAGGCGUCAACUUUUUUCUCGUGUACGACAUAGUACGAAAAGGAACGUACCCAAUAGUACAAACUAUCUUCCUUUGAGACUUUAAAUGUAUCGUCCGUAAUUUAUGAAUACAGAUUUGGGACAAACAAAGGACUUUUAGUGUUUUAUAAGACCUGUAGAAGUAUUUAGAAUUUUUUCGUUAUUCAAGGGAGAUUGUUAUCACACUUUAAUUUACAGCAAUUUCAGCAAUUCUGGAUUACUAUUAUUAACACAAUGGGCCUCAUUCAUGAAACGUGUAAAUUACAUAAAACUACAAUUGCAUAAAUAAUCACAAUGCAAAAAAUUGGGUCUUUUUUUUUUUUAUGAUCAAUUUCCACAGAAUUGUUUUGGUCAUUAGGCCCUAUUCAUGAAAUUCGAGCAGAACGCAUUUGGUAUAUUGUUCGUAAAACCAUUUUCGUGUAAAUUGUUACAAUGCAAUAAUUGUUUUUUUGUUUUUUGUUUUUUUUGUUUUUUUU